AUGUUAGAAUCCAGCCAGAAAAUCAGCAUCUCAAACUCCUGGGGCAAGCUGCAGUCACUCCUCAUAACUCGUCCUGACGAAAAUAACGACGAGAACAAGCCAACUAAGUUUUCCAAAACUUCCCGUCCGCCCAACCCUCGGAUGAGAUUACUAACUCCAAAUCGCAUAGUCCUCAAAGAUUCUAAAGACGGUACAAACCAAAUCGUCAAAAGUUCAAGACCCACCACAGCUCCUACCAGAUCUCUUUCAAUAGGCACUAUCCCAAAAGCAGCCAUUGAAGGCCUUACUGUCAUUCAACUGCAAAAAAUUUACAAAGCCAAAUGUGCAGACCUGGGAAUCACAGUAAUUCCUGACCAAGAGUCAAGGUUCUUCAAUUCUUGUCUGACUCACUUCAAAGAUAGGAAAUUCGAUAUGAUUGAAUCUGGACUAGGACAAGAAUCAGCUAAAGUCAUUGGGGAAAUUUUAAGGAAUAAUAUGAAUUUCUCAUGUAUACAGCUUGGGAAAAACACUAUUGGAGAUGAAGGCGUUAUACAGUUAAUCAAGCUUUUGAGGAAAAAUUUUUCACUUGUGCACCUUGAUAUCAGCAGUAAUGAUAUCACUCCAAGUGGGGCUGCAGAAAUUUUUAAAAUUAUUAAGACACAUCCAAGCUUAGCGAGCAUUGAUGUGUCAUCUCAUGAAGGACUGCAUAGAAAUAGGCUGGGGAUUGAAGGAGCCCAAGCUUUGGGGAUAGUGCUAAAAUCAAACAGAAUAUUGGAAUUUUUAAAUUUGUCAGGAAUUUCAAUCGGACUAGAAGGAGUUCAAUAUAUUGCUGAAGGACUAAAUGAAAAUAAGUCUCUGGUAUCUUUGAACCUUGCAAAUAAUAUUCUUCACAAGAGGCUUUAAAAGCUGAAUUUGGUUAGACUGAUCUUUUAUUUUAUCUGAGUUAGAAUUAACUUGGUAGCUAGAAUGCAUAUAAACUUCAAAAAAGUAUAACUUGGAUUGGCAAUGUAUGGAAUUGCUUACGAAAACGCUGGUGACUACCAACGUUAGGGAGCUCAAUGUGUCUUCAAAUCGUAUUGGAAGUGACGGAGCUGAAUAUCUAUCGCUAAUGAUAAUAGGAGCUUAUGAAGGCUCAUGUCCACUUAUCAAGCUUGAUGCUUCUAGUUGUGAAAUAGGAACAAAAGGUGCUGCAAAAAUUUUUGAAUCGCUGCGUAUGAAUAUCCAAAUGCGAUACCUGAUCUUAAAUGAUAACCCUUUAACCCAAGGACUUUCUUCUGCGUUUUUGGCUUUGCUUAUUGAUAAUGUAGUACUUAAAGAACUGCAUAUAGGGAAAUGUGGGAUAAAGCCAGAACAGAUUAGUGACAUUACUGAAGGAUUGACUAAAAACAAGACUUUAGAAACUCUAGAUCUCAGCAAUAACUUAAUCAGAGAUGAAGGAGCUGAACUUAUAGCUCUUGGGCUCGCCAAAAACACAAAACUCACAACUCUAGACUUAUCUGGGAAUAAAAUCAAGAAUGCUGGAGGAAUUUCAUUAGGCCAAGCCUUAAAAGAAAACACCACACUUGAAAGCCUAGUCUUAAAAGAUAACUCUAUAAAAGAUGAAGCUGGACAAAUCCUAUACGAAGUUUCUAGGCUAAACCAAAAUAUUUUAAGGCUCGUUUUAGACUUGAACCCAGUAAACCUAAAAUACAUCAACGACAUCAGGCAGAACAUGAAGAGGAACAAAGAAAACCACAGCAAAAAAAUAAUCCCAAAGCUCAGAGAAAAAAUCGAAAAACUCACAAUUGAUCACCAAGAAGUCGAAGAAAUCCAAUGGAAGCUCCAUCUUAUGAGAAGGGAGCACGAAGAAGCAGAAAUGAAAUUGGAUAGCGACAAUGACAAGCUUGAUAUCAUGAAAGAGAAUGAAGAAGUCAAAGUAGAAGUCCUGCAUAGCGAGUAUUUAUCAUUGAAGCGCCUAAAUGAAGAAUUAAGCGAAAAUUUGAAUAAUAUAAACCAAGAGUGCCAACUGUUGAAAUCACAAAGUGAAUGAACCAUGAACGAUUUAGCUGACAAAAUAGCUCAUGCGGUAGCUGAAACCAAAAGAGCAGAAAAAAAGAGAAGUUCUGUAAGAGAAGAGACAGCACUGAAGAGGGGGCAGUCUAAUGAAGUCGUUUCUCAGCUUAAUGAUAAACUUUUCUUAGAAGAGGCUGGGAAAAGAAACGCUGGGAACACAUUGAAAAUUUUAAAGGAAAGACUGGAUGCCAAAAAGGAAGAAAUCGCUUCACUUAGAAGUCCUAAAGAAAGCAAAAGAAAAGAAUCAAAGCGGGACUUGAAGCAUAGUCCUUCUCCGAAAAGAAAAAAAGGAGUCAUCAUGAAUAAGCUUGAAGAAACCAAGACAUUUUUGGCAAGUGAGAAGCUAGCGAGCAGAAUGAAAGAAGAAAGAAAAAAAAGGUCACGGUCAAACAAUACGUCACAGAGAAUCACUAGGAAUGUCUCACCGAUCAAAGAAGUUUAA